GGGCGUUCUUUCGCGCUUCGGGAGCGGUGCGGGUAGGGAGAGGAGGAAGUGUUGCAGGGCUGCUUGCCCUGAGACUGAAUCUCAGGGACGAUGGCGGAAGGCGAUAAUCGCAGCACCAACCUGCUGGCUGUGGAGACUGCAAGUCUGGAAGAGCAGCUGCAAGGAUGGGGAGAAGUGAUGCUGGUGGCCGAUAAAGUCCUCAGAUGGGAGAAGGCCUGGUUCCCACCUGCCAUCGUGGGUGUGGUUUCGCUGGUGUUUCUGAUUAUCUAUUAUCUAGAUCCAUCUGUUCUGUCGGGCGUUUCCUGUUUUGUUAUGUUUUUGUGCUUGGCUGAUUACCUUGUUCCUAUUCUAGCGCCUAGAAUUUUUGGCUCCAAUAAAUGGACCACUGAACAACAGCAAAGAUUCCAUGAAAUUUGCAGCAAUGUUGUGAAGACCAGACGCAGAGCUGUGGGCUGGUGGAAACGCCUCUUUACACUGAAGGAAGAAAAGCCGAAAAUGUACUUCGUGACCAUGAUCAUUUCUCUUGCUGCUGUUGCUUGGGUGGGACAGCAAGUCCAUAACCUGCUUCUCACCUGCCUGAUAGUGACUUUCUUACUGUUGCUUCCUGGACUGAACCAACACGGAAUCAUUUCGAAGUACAUUGGAAUGGCCAAAAGGGAGAUAAACAAGCUUCUGAAACAAAAAGAAAAGAAAAAUGAAUAAUACAUCUGCUUUAUUCAUUGUGGUCAGUGGAGUAUGCAUUGCCGCUGAGAUAGUUUGUACCGUGCUGUGUGGAUACUGAAAUGCUACAUAAGUAGCUCUUUGCUUUCCCUCACUCUGCCCUUAGUAGAAGUUCACACUUGCCAGUCAGGUUUUGUGCAUAGUGUCCUUGUGUCAGUUGUAGCUGGGUGCAUUCUCAUCAGUUGGCCUUCAGUGGACAACUCACUAGUGAGUAAGGCUUGUUUUGAUUUUUCUCACCCAGUGUUAACUUUUUGACAACUUCCUUUAAAAUAAUACAGUGGUGAACUUUACUCUUUAGUACAGUUAAUAGUGACAAUAAUUGUGUGGAUUGAUGUUUGUUUUAGCUAGGUACAAGGUAGUGUUCUGUAGCUACAGGAAGCUGGUUUUACUGUCCACUUCCACAGUCUGCUUAAAAAACUGUCUGGCUUCAUGAAUGUAGAGACCAAAUUUACCAGACCUAUUGAACACACCAGGAGUCAUUCCUCACACUGUUUCUUCACCAUCAGAGAACAAUCCCUAUGGAACAAAAUGAAACUGAUUCCACACCCUAGUAUGUGUAGGUUUCUCCCUUUUGCGGAACUUAGUGAUUUCUAGGUAGUACUGAUCCUUUCUCUUAUAUAGGGGAAUCUGACAGCUAUAGAGCUCCUGUUCCCCUGCCCUACUUCAUUAGUGAAUCCUUAAAGGGUUUUUCAUAGCAGAUUUCCAAAAGAGUGUCUUUUAGGAUAUUUAGUAUACUUUUCAUUUCAGGUUUUUACAGCAUACUCAGUAGGUUAAAGUGCAAGUCUGUGACCUUUAUUCCAACACCAGCCAGUAAAGGACAAAAGUUCCUAUGUUUAGUCAAGAUUCAUUGCAGUAGAAAAUAAAAUUACUAAUUUUUAAGAUCAGAAAAAGCCUUCAACGGUGAGCCUCACAAUUCUCAUUGUAUAGUAAUACUGGCUGUAUUUUGGUUGCCCUAGGUUUUGCAUUGUAGUGACUACACUGGCAUUUGACUCUUUUCCUCAUUAUUUUCCAAGGGCUGUUGGUGAGAGCAGGCUUGUGAUGAUAGACUGGCCUCUGGCCCACAUAGAUUUUCUAACUCCUUGGAAAACUCCUUAUAAUCAUUCUUUCCUUCUUAGUAGUUAGAAACUUAGAAUAACUAACAUCUAUAAGAAUGAACCUUUGAGGGCCAAAAAUGUGACAUACUUGGGAACAAUUCUGAAACUGCUUAACUAGCUGUAAUAUAGUUCUGUGGAUUCACUGCACUGAUGCUGUAAAACCUUGUGGUAUCUCUGUCCUUACGUAAGUAUUGUUUUCCCCCCUUCCAGAUUGCUGUAAACGCUGGUGCCCAUUGUAGUUUGUUUAAUUUUUUAAAAAUAUUUUCAUAUGACUACCUUAAUUUUACAUGUGUUCCCUCAUUGUAAAUAAGCCUGUCUUAUCUGGACUUUUGUGUGUGUGAAUGUGUGUUCUACCAGUUAACUACUUUGGCAGUUAAUCCUGUGUUAUUUUUCCUUUGUUUUGUGUGAAAGGGGAAAAAUAAAAGCUGGAAUCUCU